CAGAGACGCGUCGUCGCGCGUGCGUAAGCCCCAUCCGUCUCGACGCGCGUUCUUGUGAAGGCGCAAGUCUUUCUCUCGCCACUCUACGUGCCAUCCCUUUACAACCCCUUGACUUAGCCGGGAGGAAUACGGCCAUGAACUCAUUCGCCUCGCGUUUCGCCACCACGGGCGCUCUGAUGGAGCUCCGAAAUGCGCAGAAGGAGCUGGACGAUGCGGAUGGCGAGAGCCCUGCGAUGUGGGGAUCUAUGGGCGGCUUUGGCAACCUUGUGCCAGGAGCGCUCCCUCAGUUCGCUGUACCGGGUGUGCAGGACCCCUCUGCCUUCCUCCGCCUCCACACCGAUGACCAUGCCGAUCCCAACUGCCGUAUCAAGAUCCAGCACGGUACCACCACCCUCGCAUUCCGCUUCCAGGGUGGCGUCAUCGUCGCCGUCGACUCGCGAGCAACUGCAGGGAGCUACGUUGCAUCCGGCACGGUGAAGAAGGUCAUCGAGAUCAACCCGUACUUGCUGGGUACUAUGGCAGGUGGUGCCGCCGAUUGUCAGUACUGGGAAACCUACCUUGGCAUGCACUGCCGGCUGCACGAGCUCCGCAACCGCGAACGCAUCUCUGUAUCUGCAGCGAGCAAGUACCUGAGCAACCUCGUUUACAGCUACAAAGGGAUGGGUCUGAGUAUGGGAACGAUGAUUUGCGGCUGGGAUAAGACUGGUCCUCAAAUUUUCUACGUCGACUCUGAUGGCACGCGCCUCAAAGGCGACCUCUUUUCUGUUGGUUCUGGUAGCACCUUCGCCUACGGUGUCUUGGAUCAGGGCUACCGCUGGGACCUCACCGACGCUGAAGCGCAAGAGCUCGGCCGCCGCAGCAUCUACGCCGCUGGUCACCGUGAUGCAUUCUCCGGCAACACAUGUAACCUCUACCACGUCCGCGAGAACGGCUGGGAGUUCAUCGGCAACUACGACCUGUCGAAGCUGCACUACGAGGGCCCGGGCAACGUCCCGGGUGCGCCUGGCGGCGGGUACGGCUACGACGUGCGCUUCGAGGGGAGGAAUGUCGUCCCUGUGUCUGCGUAGUCUUAGCGGGAUAGAAGUGACCGCCAUUAGCGAGCGGCAGUAACUGUCAACAGCGAUGAAGUCUUGCGCUGGCAGACGUGUUCUUACGAUGGGUGUGAUGUGUAUUAUGUGUUAGCAGACUGGAAGAAACUCACUUUGUAUACUGUGAUCUGUCUUGGCCUGAAUUCUGACCUCAAGGUCCGCCAGUGCUGAGCAUUACCGCUUGUGCAUCUCCAUUUGACUGCUAUUUGCCUUGUGGUAGAUCUGUAUUGAUGAUCUGUAGACGAUUGG